AUGUCACAAUCAUCAGCUAUAAUAAAUCAGAAAACGGAAACUGCUGUCAAACUCACCAAGAUAAAGACAGAACUGAAUUUUUCAGAAGGUGAAGCAACAAAGGUUGCAGAAUUAAAGAAGUUUAAGCUUACGAAAGAAUUAGCUAUAGUGCAAGCUGAAAUGAAUGCCAUCACUAAGGUAGAAGAGAGCAAGCUAGGCUUAAAUGACGGAAAUGGCGGAGCCACAUUACCCGGAUUUAUCACUAAAGGCGAUCUCCUACAAAAUUAUCUCGUACAAAAUUAUCUUGUGACACAAGCCUCUUCUGUAGCUAUAGACAGCCCUUCAACUCUGCAGACAGGUCUAAUGGAAACAAAAAAUCCCCUUCUGUCAAGUACAUCUUUCCCUGUCACACAGUCACACGAAAACGACCAACUGGAACCGAGAAUCGAAGAUUCUAAUAACCCUGGGUUUCCUGUGAUAACAUUGAAUCCCUUAGAGCAAGAAUACGUCACUUUGUCAACACCUAAGAACGCGGAGCGCACAAAAGUCUGCCUAUCAUGCCUAUCAUGCCUAUCAUGCAAUGCAAACAAUCGACUCCAAAUAGCAUGGGACUUAACUUCGAUCAAGGUGUAAGUUCUCCGAAGCAAACAACUGGAGAUGUCCUCAAACGGUUAGCUGACCUGAUGACUCACCAUUACACACAUGUAUAGGAGUCGUUGCCAUUACCCGAACCAGAAACUUUCAAAGGAGAUCUUUCGCAUUAUCCUUCAUGGCGAAAAUCCUUUGACACCAUUGUGGAAAAAAGAACCGACAGUCCAUCUCGGUGCCUCUAUUACCUUGGAAGAUACACAGCCGGCGAAGCCAAGGAAGCAAUAAGCAGCCUUCUUACCUUGGAAAGCAGGAGUGCCUACAGGAAUAAGACAAAUGAUUAGCCUCGGAUUCUUCCUAAAGACAGUAAGUCUUCGAAAAUUCUCAGACUUUUUGGUUAACUGUCAGACAGCCAUGAAAGAGAUUCAUUAUCUGGCAGCAUUGAACGAUCCAAAAGAGUAUCAGAAAAUGAUUAGUAAACUUCCGUGAAACAUCUGCGAUCGGUGGGGUCGCGAGGUGGAUCAUUGGCUUAACAUGGAAGGACAAGAACUCCAAGAGCCAACAGCCAGAGAGUCUCCCAACCCCCCUUUCUCGGCUUUCUGUGACUUCCUGAAACGUGAAGCUAGAAUUGCCUGCAAUCCGGUAACAAUGGCAAGAGCUGAGGAAGAGGUAAAGAAGGUGGAGACGUCUCAACAGAGACUUGUAAAAUUCAGCAGCCGGAAGAAGGAGCCGUUAGGAGCGAACAGCCUCGCUACUGGCUCAGAAGAGGUGACCAGCAUGAACAAAGGUGAAAGAAAACAACCUGAACGAUGUUGUUUAUAUAAGAACACCAACAAUCUGAACGAAUGCGACAAGUUUAAGAAAAUGUUGCACACGGAAAGAAUAGAAUUUGUCAAGUCCAAUGUUCUUUGUUUCUCAAGUACAGGCACAUGA